AUGUCUACCGAAAACGCUACGAUCAACACUACCACCGGCAAGCAACAUGUCGACCCCUACAAGGCGCAGAACUCUGAGGAUCCCCCAUUGCCACAGAAGGUGCAGGACCUCGUCGACUUUAUCAACCAGGUCAAGUUUGGCAUGUUGACCACCAAACAAUCGGAUGGAGAGUAUUUGACCUCACGCUGCAUGGCUCUGGCCGCCACUGAACACGGCGGCAUUGACCUCGUCUUCCACACCAAUCUCUUCUCCGGCAAGACUAUGGAUUUGACCGCUCACCCCCAAGAAACCAACAUGUCCUUCCUGGACCCCAUCAGCGGAUCAUGGGCUUCCAUCUCCGGCACCGCAUCCAUCGUUUCAGACCCUAACACCGUCUCCAAGUACUACUCUCCUCAAUUGAAGGCCUGGAUCGGCGACAUGGGCGAUGGCGUCCACGAUGGUGGCCCAACCGACCCCCGUAUUGGUGUGAUCAAGUUGGAAGCCAAGCUCGCCACGCAUGUCGCCUCUAAGAAGGGAAUCCUGGGUCGCGCCGUGGACACGGUCAAGGGCGCGAUUCAAGGCAACGUGCCUCCCAUCAACAGCAUUCGUGAGCUGAGCACGGAAGAGUUGGCGGAAUUCGAGGGCUAA